CCAUCUGCGAGCAACGGUAGCGCUGCUGUUACCAACAUGAAAUUUCUCGUUCUUGGUGCGACUGGACCCAGCGGCGUGCUGCUUGUUCGCGAACUCUUGGCUGUUUACCCCGAAUCGCCUGUCGUCAUAUAUGUCCGCUCCCCAGAAAAAUUACCUGGAGAUAUUCCUGCGCAUCCAAAUGUUACGCUGUUGAAGGGCACUUUGGAAGACGAGAAGGCGCUGGGUGAGGCUCUGGAGGGUGUGGAGAUUGUUCUGUCUGCACUCGGCCCUCGACAAUUCGACCACCCGUCAGGCACACCGCUAGCGCAUGCAUACGAGGGCCUCAUAAAGCUCAUGAAGCAGCGCGGCGUCAACCGUCUCCUUGCUCUGGGCACUAUCUCGAUGGAAGACAAGGCUGACCAUUUCAACGCGGUGUUCUAUGGAAUGGUGACGACUGUCUCAAUCUCGAUGCGUAACGCAUACAAAGACAUUCGCGCCAUCGCAGACGUCAUUCGUUCCUCCAGCCUCGAGCACUAUACCGUGUUCCGCGUUCCCAUUCUAGGCAAUAAGGAGUCCAGAGAGGUCAUCGCCGGCUACAUCGGCGACGGAAAGACGAACAAUCAUGUCACCUUGCAUCGCGCCGGCUUUGCUGCCUUCGUCGUCGCCGAGAUCGCCAACAAGCAAUGGGACUUGGAGUUUCCAGUAAUAGUCUCGAAAUAA